AUGAAUGGGCUUCAAACAGCUCGAGGCGCUCAAGUUCAAGCGUUUCACGAGGCUGGAUUCGAGACUGGGAGGAGACUAUCUGAGGAUCUGGAUAGAGGCAGCUUGGACCCAUGGCCUGGUGUCCCAAUGGUUGGCAAGCCACAAGCCAGGAGUCUUCAUGAGCGCUCCUUAUCGCUUUACUACGAUCCAAAGAAAGAGCUACAUCUGUUGAGGGCAGUGUCGUCGGUGUUUGUGCCGUCUGAACAGACAUUCCCCUCCCUUGUCGAUCAAGACGACACCUUUGGAUCCAAUACUGCUCCAUACUACCCCGUCUCGCCCCUAAGUCCACAACAUCUCCAUCAAAUCGAGCACUUGGGCAAGACCACUGCCGUUGAUCAUAAAGAUCUUUUGAACCUGCAGUCGCAUAACGCAAUACCUAUAAGACUAUUGCAUCGAGAGCCGAGACUUUUCGAUCACAACGCCCAAGACAAGAAAGCAAAGAGUCAACGACUAGAUUCACGAGGACCUCCAGAGAGCAUUGCACCACCGCCCAACUCGCUUCCCUUCUCACACCCAACGAAUCAAAGUAAGUCGAUCAAGCAUCACCAGGUUCUUGAUAUGCUCGCCUUGAGCUCUAACUCGCCUACACCCGGUCUCUUCAGUAUGGCGGAAGAAGCUAUGGCAUUCAUCGCGGCAAAGAUCUUCAACUUUGACGACCAUGGGAUACACGUUCCGUACCAAAAACCAACACCCGGGGCCAUUGAAGACCUCAUGCGACCGGACGACAAGGAGGAGGAGGAACAGAUCUCACACCAGAGAUCCACACCUCUCGCCCUCGAAAUACUGAGUCAACCGCACGACGGUUACGACCCGUAUGUCACACAUCUGAGGGGUUCCAAAACAUACCUGGAAUCUGAUCCUCCUCGCCAGGCUCUCAUCACUCAUCCCGACAUCACCGUCCCACCAGCUCCCGUCUCUGGCGGCCGCAGCGUCCCAGCCGGCCAGGUCACUGUCGGCCUUACUCUUCUGGUGAACGGUAAAACGUUCCCCAAGAUCGAGGGUGGCCAGGAGCGCUGGUACACCCAGCGCCCUGGACAUGGCAAUAACUACAGUCGCUAUAGCGACUUGGUUCGCCACGACAAGGCCAAGGGCCUCACUCCCCUGCCCAAGGCCAGCAAGGCCGAGCUGGCUACCGCUCGCCACCAGCAGACUUUUGGUUGA